AACUUGAAAUGCGUAAUUUCAGCCAAUCGUAUAUGACAAGCGGGAGGAGCUCUAAAAACAUUUAAUCAAGUUUGUGCGAACUGUCUCCCACUCACAAAACAGUGCGAAGGACUUUACAUUGGCACUCAUUGUAUUUGUGUGGCUGGAUAAUAGAAUAUAGCAGCCAUGCCGGGUAAAGAUCCUAAUAAGCCGAAGGGAAAGACUUCUUCCUAUGCGUUCUUUGUUGCGACGUGCCGGGAAGAACACAAGAAAAAACACCCAGGAACUUCAGUGAACUUUUCCGAGUUCUCAAAGAAAUGCUCAGAGAGGUGGAGGACCAUGUCUGCAAAAGAGAAGGUGAAGUUUGAGGACAUGGCCAAGGGUGACAAAGUCCGUUAUGACAAGGACAUGAAGGGUUAUGUGCCCCCCAAGGGAUCUAAGGCAGCAGGAAAGAGAAAGAAGGACCCCAAUGCCCCCAAGAGGCCACCUUCUGCAUUUUUCGUGUUCUGUGCUGAACACCGUGGAAGAAUCAAGGCUGAUAACCCAGGCAUGGGCAUUGGAGACAUCGCCAAGCAGCUGGGUCUGCUGUGGGGCAAGCAGACUCCCAAAGACAAGCAGCCACACGAAGCAAAGGCCGCCAAGCUGAAGGAGAAGUAUGAGAAGGAUGUUGCUGCCUACAAGGCUAAGGGAGGCGCAGGUGCAACUGCUAAGAGUGGCCCCGGCAGGCCAGCUGUUGGCAAGAAGGCAGCGCCCAUGGAUGAUGAUGACGAUGAUGAUGACGAAGAGGAGGAUGAUGACGAGGAAGAGGAUGAUGACGAGGAUGACGACUAAACUGCCUGGAAACUUGAGCUGGAGUAUUUGCAAACCAAUGUGAACCUUACAAUGUAACAUUUAUAGCAUUUUGGAUUUUUCAGAACAUGUACAGUGAUGUGCAAUGGCUGCAAUAAUGCAUACAGGGGUCAUAUUGUGCUGUCUUGUAAAUGAACAGCUCUUAUUCUCAAAGCACUGCUUGUUUUGUCUUUGGAUGGUGGCAUGUUCUUUUCUGCCCUAUAUUGAUAUCGUUUCCACUGCCGUUUUUUAAGAAAUGCAAGGAAAAAUGUGUAGACGUUUGCGACCCAUUUUUAAUGUGGAGUUUCAGUGUAGAAUGAUCUUUUUAUAAUAAAAAUUUGUUUUGUAUAUUGA